AUGAAUUAAUCAUAAAAAAAAAAUAAUUAGUUUGAGAAUAAUAUAGAAAUAGAGAUACCUAAUUCUCCUAAAAAAUAUUAAAAUAAUUCUCUUUAAAAUAAAUCGUAAAAUAGUUAACAAGAAUAAGAAUAAAUACAAUUUUUAUAAUCAUGUAUACGAUAACUAUUGUUACAACCAGACUAUAAAUAAAUUGAUAAAGAUGAUGAUUUUUUUGAAAGAAUAAAGUAAUAAAUUAGUGAUUUUUAAAAUAUCAAGGACAAAUCAGAUUUCAUUAAUUCUUUAAAAUUAGAAAUAAGUAAUAGAAGAAAGUAAUAAAAUUUGAAAGAAGUAUAAUAACAAAAAAAUUAUGAAAAAAAAAUAGAAAAAUUAAAACACCAUUUGAAAAAUCUGAAGGAGAAAUAUUAAGAAUUAUACUUCUAACUAUCUUAAUAUAAAGAUAAAAAUGAUAAUUUAGUGAUGGAGUUAAAGACAUAAUAGGAUUAAUUUCAAGAAAUAACGAUAUUGUAGUAAAUAGAAAAUAUGAGUAAAAACUCUAUAAAAAUUGAAGUAGAUGUUGCAGAGUUUAAGGAGAAUAUCUAAAAACUUAAUAUGUAACGAUAGUAAACAAUUGAUAAAAUGAAAAAUUUAUUCAAAGAGUUUUAAUCUACUAAUAAAUAAUCAAAGACAAAAAAGGUCAAUAACAUAAAUGAACAAGGAAUUUACAACAUAAAAAACUUAAUUAAAGAUUCAAUUAAAUCAAUUUCAAAUAUGGAAUAGAGCAUAGACAGUUAUAAAAAAGAAUUAAAAUAAAUGUAAUAAAAUAAAAAUAAUAAAGAAUAUCAUUUAUUGGAAAAAUUAAUAUAGUAAUUGGAAAAUAAUUAAAGUUGUUUUAUUCAUGUUAGACAAAUUUUUGAGAAAAUAUUAACUAUCUUAAUGUUAUUUGGAACUUUGAAUUAACAACUAUAUAAAAAUACUAAAGAGCUUGAACAAUAAUUGUUAAGUUUAAAUAAUAAAAAUAAUGAAUUUGAAAAAUAAAUUGAAUUAUUAUUGAAUGAAUUGAAUGAACAAGAUUAAGAAAACAACGAUAUUAUAGAAAAAGCAACUUAUCCAUAAUCAAGUAAAUUAGGGAUACAAUCUGUUAAUUAUUAACCCAAAUUCUAUUAUUAAUUCAUUGAUUAAAUAAGGGUUAAUAUAGUGAAUAUGGUUCGUAUAAAUUUACAAUUUUUUUUUGAUUGGAAUUUCAAUAAUAAUUUUCAAAUAGCAAAUUCUUAAUUACUAGAAAGCACAAAGAGUUUUAAUAUUAGUUUACAAGAACCAAAUAGAUUGAUUGAAUUAGAUAGUAUGGAAAAAUAGUUGAAAAAGAGUGUGGGUUUUGUUUAACAGAUUUAUUCAUAAUUUCCUUAAUAAACUGUAGUUAAUUAGUAUAAUUAAUAAAGUUUAUAAUAAUUAUUGAAAAUUUUGUAAACGAUCUAAAAUUAUAAGAAAGAAAUUGAGACUCAUAAACAAACUAAUUAAAAUACCUAUUGAAUAAAUUAAUAUUAAAAAAUUAAUNUAAAAUUUGAAAGAAGUAUAAUAACAAAAAAAUUAUGAAAAAAAAAUAGAAAAAUUAAAACACCAUUUGAAAAAUCUGAAGGAGAAAUAUUAAGAAUUAUACUUCUAACUAUCUUAAUAUAAAGAUAAAAAUGAUAAUUUAGUGAUGGAGUUAAAGACAUAAUAGGAUUAAUUUCAAGAAAUAACGAUAUUGUAGUAAAUAGAAAAUAUGAGUAAAAACUCUAUAAAAAUUGAAGUAGAUGUUGCAGAGUUUAAGGAGAAUAUCUAAAAACUUAAUAUGUAACGAUAGUAAACAAUUGAUAAAAUGAAAAAUUUAUUCAAAGAGUUUUAAUCUACUAAUAAAUAAUCAAAGACAAAAAAGGUCAAUAACAUAAAUGAACAAGGAAUUUACAACAUAAAAAACUUAAUUAAAGAUUCAAUUAAAUCAAUUUCAAAUAUGGAAUAGAGCAUAGACAGUUAUAAAAAAGAAUUAAAAUAAAUGUAAUAAAAUAAAAAUAAUAAAGAAUAUCAUUUAUUGGAAAAAUUAAUAUAGUAAUUGGAAAAUAAUUAAAGUUGUUUUAUUCAUGUUAGACAAAUUUUUGAGAAAAUAUUAACUAUCUUAAUGUUAUUUGGAACUUUGAAUUAACAACUAUAUAAAAAUACUAAAGAGCUUGAACAAUAAUUGUUAAGUUUAAAUAAUAAAAAUAAUGAAUUUGAAAAAUAAAUUGAAUUAUUAUUGAAUGAAUUGAAUGAACAAGAUUAAGAAAACAACGAUAUUAUAGAAAAAGCAACUUAUCCAUAAUCAAGUAAAUUAGGGAUACAAUCUGUUAAUUAUUAACCCAAAUUCUAUUAUUAAUUCAUUGAUUAAAUAAGGGUUAAUAUAGUGAAUAUGGUUCGUAUAAAUUUACAAUUUUUUUUUGAUUGGAAUUUCAAUAAUAAUUUUCAAAUAGCAAAUUCUUAAUUACUAGAAAGCACAAAGAGUUUUAAUAUUAGUUUACAAGAACCAAAUAGAUUGAUUGAAUUAGAUAGUAUGGAAAAAUAGUUGAAAAAGAGUGUGGGUUUUGUUUAACAGAUUUAUUCAUAAUUUCCUUAAUAAACUGUAGUUAAUUAGUAUAAUUAAUAAAGUUUAUAAUAAUUAUUGAAAAUUUUGUAAACGAUCUAAAAUUAUAAGAAAGAAAUUGAGACUCAUAAACAAACUAAUUAAAAUACCUAUUGA